GAGAGAGAGAGAGAGAGAGAGAGAGAUGAUAUUCGUUUGGAUCUUUUGAGUAUUCUUGGUUCUUGUUCAUAUACUUUAACCCUUUGUGCUUCUCUUCAGUUCUUUCUCCUAACAAUUGGUUUUUCAAUCGACUUUUAGGGCCUAUCCCAGAAAACCCCACCAACAUACGUCAAAAAAGAAACAAUCUUUUUCCGUCUAUAUAUAUUAUACCCUUUGGUCAUUUUCCACUUCAUUCUGAGGUGGUCAACGUCUCAGCUAUAAAGAGAAACGAAAGAUCAAGGUCAAGAUUAGGGUUCAUAUGCAUGUGAACUAAUGGCGCUAGACACAAUAAAUUGCCCACAAGAUCCGAUUGGCAUUUUGGAAUACGAUUAUUUGUUACAAGAAGAUAGAAGUUUUUGUGGAUUCCUGGAGAGAAACAACCAUUAUCGAUGUCAUGAAGAAGCAGCCAAUGUCCAUGCAAAUAAUUGGGAUUACUGUUCAUCUUCUUCAGUGAUUCACAAUCACAACAGUUUUAAUGCUAAGGAACACUGGGGUACUACUUCUUCAACGGAAGAUUGCACAGGCUGCAGUGCCGGAGGUGAUCUGUUGAUUUCCGGUGAACUAUCCUCUCACUGCAACAUAAUGAUGGAAUCACACGUGGCAGCCGUUGCCACCACUACCGUGGCCGCUGUGGGUAGGAGAAAGCGGAGGCGCACGAAGAGUGGGAAGAACAAAGAGGAAAUGGAGAGUCAAAGAAUGACUCAUAUCACGGUUGAGCGCAACCGCAGAAAGCAGAUGAACGAGUAUCUGGCUGUAAUCCGAUCUCUGAUGCCAUCUUCUUAUGUUCAAAGGGGUGAUCAAGCGUCAAUAAUUGGAGGAGCAAUAAACUUUGUGAAGGAACUAGAACAACAACUACAAACCCUAGAGGUACAAAAGAGAACCAUGCAUCAACCACACCCUAAUGAUAAAAGUGGCUACUCUACUCCACCACCACCAUUUGGCGACUUCUUCACAUUCCCACAAUACUCGACUAGAUCAUCAGUUAACGAAAGUGGUGGCUCUGCCACCCUCGUUAAUAUCCGGCCACCAGCAAUGGCGGAGAUUGAAGUAACAAUGGUAGAGAGCCAUGCUAACCUCAAAAUACUAUCUAAGAAACGCAAUAGACAGCUCUUGAAGAUGGUCGCUGGGCUUCAGUGCAUGUGGCUUACUGUCCUCCACCUCAAUGUUACUACCGUUGAUCAGAUGGCACUCUACAGUAUUAGUGUCAAGCUUGAGGAUGGAUGCCAGCUCAAUACAGUCGAUGAGAUUGCUGAUGCUGUUAAUUGCUUGUUGGGAAGAAUUGAAGAAGAAGCUCUUUAAUUUUACCUAUGUAUACCCCUACUGUUUUUAUAAUAAUUAUGGGGUUUAUAAUUAUAAUCUCUCUCUCUCUCUCUCUCUCUCUCUCUCUCUCUCUCUCUCUCUCUCACUCUCUCUCUCUCUCUCUCUCCUGUCAUUGCUGAGAACCACCUUUCCCUAAAGUGUACUCAUGAUCAAUCUUAAUUCUUCACCUCCAGCUCACUUUGCCAGAGACUUGCCAUUGUUGAGGAGUGAGAAGAAUGAGAGGAGAAAGAGAUGUUUGACGAGACUGGCAAUUAACUUCCGUUUGCUGUUUUUUCUAUUAUGUAUGUUAAUCGGGGUUGAUAUUCACUGAAAUCUAUACAC